AUGUCCUCCUUGCCCUCCACCAAGCGCAAUCUGAAACCCUCAGCCAUCGCAGCGACCCUUCCGCAAAACUCCCACUUCACUGCGCCCACGGAGCUGUCGAGCGCACAGCCCGUGGCCUCUGUCGCCACGGCCGCUCAAGACGCCCACGCCGGCGCCCAGCAGCCCCUCACAUCACCUACCAACCGGAAGCGCAAAUCUGUGGCCCUCAACCAUUCGCAGGAACAGAUGGCGAGCUCAGCAGCAGGCGGUGGCGAGGACGCGCAACCGACCAGCGCGACAGCGCCACCGCCUGCUGAUGUCGACGCUGGAGCGCAGGAGCCUAGGGUCAAGAAGAGUCGAACCAACACGCCUUGGACGCCGGCCGAAGAGCAGAGGCUGAAGCAGAUGCGAGAUACAGGCAAUAGUUGGAGUGAAAUCGCAAAGACGUUCCCGCAACGGACUGAAGGCAGCGUGAAGAAGCAUUGGUACAAGGACAUGCAUUACGCCGAGUUCGCAGAGGACGAAAGUACUGCGCUGCUUGCUGCCAUCAAAGAAUACGACGCCAACAAGUGGAAAGUAAUCGGCCAAAAGGUUGGCAAACCUGCAAAAGCAUGUGAGCAGUAUGCAAAGGAGCAUUUCGGUGGGAAAUACUGA